AUGGUUCUCAUGUCACGAUUAUGCUUCUACUCUUCUUUUUUGUUCUUGUUACGGUUCGUUGCCGCUCAAACCUAUUCUGAGUCAGGAUCACUCAGUCCAGUUACGACUAUACUCAUGAUCAUACUCGUCAGCGUUUUCUUCGCAAUUGGAUGUGUCUCCGUCUGCAUGCAUCACUAUCUCGGCCACGCUCUCGGGAUCAGCGGUGGUCGAUCCAGCGAACCAGGAAACUGGCUUAACGUGAGAGAGACACCACGUGGGCUCGACGCGUCUGUCAUAGAAACGUUCCCGACGUUUCGUUACUCCACCGUGAAGACGUUGAAGAUCGGCAAAGAAGUGUUGGAGUGUCCCGUUUGCCUCAGCGAGUUCGAGGACGACGAAACGCUGCGUUUGAUCCCUCAGUGCUGCCACGUGUUUCAUCCUGGUUGCAUAGAUGGCUGGCUCCGUUCUCAGGCCACGUGUCCUCUCUGCCGCGCCAAUCUCCUCCCUGUGCCGGGUGAGUCUGUUUCUUUCGAGAUACCCGGUUUAGAAAGAGAGACCGGUCAGAACUCUACCGGUUCGCCGAUUGAUGAUGAUAACCGGAGAAGGUUUUUGGGCUCUCCGGACGAGCGGUUGAUUGACUCAGUGGCUCGGACAGGUAACCAAAGCAUGCCACGCAAGUCCAUGUCUACUGGCUGGCAAUUGGCCGGAUUGUUUAGCCGUACCGAACAGACGGAUCAACCGGGGGAGAAUCUAGACCGGUUUACGCUAAGAUUACCACAAGAUGUACACGACCAGCUCGUGAGCCAAGAGUCAAAAAGCCACGUGGCGUUACCUCAUGUGAGGAGCCCGAUAAGAGGAUUCAGAACCGGAAGCCUAGGGAACGAAAGAAACUACUUCUACUUUGAACGGUUUGAUCAAGACGGACGGUUAGACCGUAGACCGUUCUCUAUAACCCCUCCGUACCGGACCGGUUCGAUCCGGUCUCCCGAUGUGGUUAUCGACAGUGGCGGUAAUUGUCAGGAUCGUGCUAGUCCACCCAAAAGUUUGCUUCUAGCAAUAAGGUCACCGUUUGAUCGGUUUUUCUCUGGAAGCAACAAUGUCGGUGAACGUUCGCAGCUUCCAUCCAGCGAUGCGAGUCCUGUGUAG